AUGCAUCUUCUCACCAUCACACCAUCGAAUCAUGCACCAUCUCGCCAUUCACCAAUGCACCUUCCAUCAUCUCAUCACCAUGCACCGUCACUACUCACCACCAUCAUCACAUCCUCUCACCAUCACACCACCAAAUCACGCACAUCUCACCACCAUAUCAUGCUCCUCUCAAUCUCACCACCAAAUCUCAUGCACCAUCUCACCACCAUCAUGCACAAUCUCACCACCAUAUCAUGCAUCUCCACCAUCUCACCACCAUAUCAUGCAUCCUCUCAACCAUCUCCCACCAUAUUUCAUGCAUCCUCUCACCAUCUCACCACCAUAUCAUGCACGCACUAUCUCACCAUGCAUCCUCUUCACCAUCUCACACCACACAUACCAUCUCACGCAUCCUCUCAUCUGUCAUCCUCUCACCAUCUCAUAUCAUGCAUCCUCUCACAUCUCACCACCAUAUCACACCUCUCACCAUAUUCAUGCAUCCACAUCUCACCAUUCACGCAUCUCACCACCAUUCAUGCAUCCUCUCACCAUCUCACCACCAUCAAUAAUCCUCUCACCAAUCUCACCACCAUAUCCUCACCUACCACCAUAUCAUGCAUCCUCUCACCAUCUCAACCAUCAUGCACCAUCACUAUCAUGCACCAUCUCACCACCAUAUCAUGCAUCCUCUCACCAUCUCACCACCAAAUCAUGCACCAUCUCACCAUAUCACGCACCAUCUCACAUGCACAACAGUUCCUUGGGCACCAUCACCCCCUCCCCCUCUCCCCCGAGCAACUCUACCCCCGCUGGGAACUUGAUUAA